CGAUGGCGUCUCGUUAUUACCAGGAGAUGCAGGAGAGCUUCAAAACUAACAGCAAAAGUCGUGAGUUUCCUGCUCACACGGCGAAAGUCCAUUCGGUGGCGUGGAGCUGUGACGGAAGGAGACUCGCCUCCGGUUCUUUCGAUAAAACUGCUAGUGUUUUUGUCCUGGAAAAAGAUCGUUUGGUGAAGGAGAACAACUACAGAGGUCAUGGCGACAGUGUGGAUCAGCUCUGCUGGCAUCCCACUAACCCAGAUCUGUUUGUCACUGCGUCUGGAGACAAGACCAUCCGCAUAUGGGACGUACGAACCACUAAAUGCAUCGCUUCUGUUAAUACAAAAGGAGAGAACAUCAACAUUUGCUGGAGUCCUGACGGUCAGACCAUUGCCGUGGGCAACAAGGAUGAUGUGGUGACUUUCAUCGAUGCCAAGACGCACCGCUCCAAAGCCGAGGAGCAUUUUAAGUUUGAGGUCAACGAGAUCUCCUGGAACAAUGACAACGACAUGUUUUUCCUCACAAAUGGCAAUGGCUGCAUCAAUAUCCUGAGUUAUCCUGAUCUCAAACUGAUCCAGUCCAUCAGCGCUCACCCGUCCAACUGCAUCUGCAUCAAGUUUGACCCCACAGGAAAAUACUUUGCCACAGGAAGUGCCGACGCACUGGUCAGCCUGUGGGACGUGGAAGAGCUGGUGUGCGUCCGCUGCUUCUCCAGAUUGGACUGGCCUGUGAGGACGCUGAGCUUCAGCCACGAUGGGAAGAUGCUGGCCUCGGCUUCUGAGGAUCACUUCAUCGACAUCGCAGAGGUUGAAACGGGCGAGAAGCUGUGGGAGGUUCAGUGCGAUUCGCCGACGUUCACCGUGGCUUGGCACCCCAAGAGGCCACUGCUCGCCUAUGCCUGCGACGACAAAGAUGGCAAGUACGACAACAACCGAGAGGCGGGUACUGUCAAAUUGUUCGGCCUCCCCAACGACUCCUGAGAGUUGUAUUCCGUGCGGUUUCCUGGUGAACAGUCUAACUUCCUACUGACGGCUGGCUGAUGAUGUUCAAGGAAUCGUGAUGAACGUGGUCGCUGCUGCUUUUUGUUUAAGCUCCUCUCCACAAAGAUACCCGUUUGUGACAUGGCAGAAGUUGAAGCAUCUUAUUUUUGCCAGUUUCAAGGUAAAUUUCCCUUUGUUUUAAUCAGAUCCAUGCCACUUGUUAGCAGCAGGGGGUGCUGCUGUUCCAUCAUAAGACAGGUGACUUUAUUCCCUUUUUUUACACACCUGUUUAAAACACUCUAUUGUAUUAUAUUGUUAAUGUAAAUGACUAAAACUUGUUUU